AUGGACCGCAAGCGCAAGAGAGAACUACGUGACCUAAACCUGCGCGUCUGGGCAGGCGCAAAGGAUGUCUAUGAAGUAGCAAAGUCACUCGAUUCGUCACUGAAAAAAAAUACAGCGUUUAUUAAACGACUGCGAACCGGGCUAUCGUCUGCUGCACAGGAUACCUUUCUGUCCGAGAUCCGCACGUUGUCCCUACAGAAAUACCUCUCCGAGAUCACAACGGCAACGGUGGAAGGAUUGGGGAGGCUCAAGACUGCGAGUGAGAUUGCCACAGGUGUCGAGGUUGUCAGUGCACUACAUCAAAGAUUUGGACCCCAAGAGUUUACCAAGCAGCUGGCAUGGCUUCUGGGCAAGGGCUUAACGAGUCCUGAUAAGGCGCAGUUGAAAUUGUGGACUCAGGAGGUCCGCGAGCGAGAAGAGAAGGAGCGCUUGGUUCGACACCGAGUACUCCUUCGCGUCGUCACCGAAUUUUGGCUGUGCGGUAUUCUUCGAAGCCUGGACGACGCAGAUCGACCAGAUGAAGCUAUGUCGCGAGGCAAAGACGCCGCUUCACAACUUGAGUCCAAGGCAAAGCCGAGCACAAAUGGCAUUCGCUCCGACGGCUACGGUGAGCAUGAGCCAUUCCCUCUGGAAGUCCUCAAGGACUUGUUAGGCCAUGACCCGGAGCAUGCGAACCUUAGUCUGGCCGUUCUUUUCGUGAAGAAUUUCGCCUGGGAUGUUCUGGGACUGAAGCUACCGUCUGAGGAAGGCCGGAAAACAGUCGACGGCGACGGCCAGGUUGUCGAGCCCGCAAAAGAGGGCGAUGGCCCUAUUGAUUCCCCUGAGGAAGACGCCCCCAUUACUCCCCUGCCCAUUCGACAGAGAUUCAUCAAUAUUUUGGAACGGUACUCAACGAGCGUCAAAGCCCACGCCAUCCGAGACCAGACGUCUCUCAACAACCAAAGCCGCCGCAACGCGGAGGCUUAUGUCAAAAGCGGUGAAAUCUUCGAAGACAGGCAAGCUAAUUUUGAGAGGCAGGUCAAGGCUCAAGAGAAGUUGGUUGCAAAUGCCCAAGUCCUUUGUGAUGUCCUAGGACAAGAAAUGCCAAACCUGGAGAUGAAAGACGGGGCGGAGACCGCUGCGUCAGGCAGCGUUGGGAUGAUCAAGACGGGUGACUACCUCAAGGGCCAAGGAGAAGGCGCCGGGAUUUGGGAAGACGAAGAGGAACGUCGCUUCUAUGAGAACUUGGUCGAUCUCAAAGGCCGAGUUCCGGGCAUUCUACUGGAGGAUUCCAAAAAGAAGCCUGAAUCAGACGAUCGUGGGGAAGCCUCUUCCGCAUCCGUUGAUGGCGGGACGAACAAGCCUCUGGAGAACGACGACCAGUCCACCGCCAUCACGAACAAGACGGUCGGAGCUCAAGUCGAUGCCAUUCUCCUGCGCCUGCCAGAAAUGCAAACCAAGGAUAUGGUCGAUCAGGUGGCUCUGGACUUCUGCUUCCUAAACUCCAAAGCCUCCCGAAACCGUCUGGUAAAGGCUAUCCAGGAAGUUCCCAAGGGUCGGAUCGAUCUGCUCCCUUUGUAUGCACGACUUGCCGCCACUCUCGGGCAGUACAUGCCCGAUGUCGUACAAGGCUUGAUCGCGCAUCUCGAUGACGAAUUCCGAAGCCUCCAGAGGCGGAAAUCCAAAGAUUUUCUGGGGCAGAUUCGCAUGGCCAAUAUCCGUUACUUGGCUGAACUCACGAAGUUCGGGAUCGUCCCAGAGCACGUCAUUUUCCAUUGCUUCAAAGUCAGUCUGGACGACUUUUCGAGGAUGAACAUCGAGAUCAUCGCCCAUUUGCUCGAAAACUGCGGUCGAUAUCUCCUGCGCAAUCCGGAGACCUCUCCUCGGAUGGCAUCUUUCCUCGAGACGCUGAAUCGGAAGAAGACCGCACAGCACAUGGGGGCUCAAGAGCGCAUGCUAAUCGACAACGCUCUAUACUAUGUUGACCCUCCCCAGCGGGCCGCAAUACAACAAAAGGAAAGGACGCCGACAGAACUCUUCGUCCGGCAACUGGUAUAUGUGGACAUGACCAAACGCAACUACAUGAAAGUUCUCAAGACCAUCCGAAAACUCCAUUGGGAAGAGAAGGAAGUUGUCCAGAUGCUAGAGAAGAUUUUCAGCAAGCCGGGAAAGGUCAAGUUUAGUAACAUCCAUCUCCUGGCUGUUCUGCUUCAGGCACUUUUCCGUUAUCAUCAGGAUUUUGCCAUUAUGAUCAUAGACAACGUCCUGGAACAAAUUACUCUGGGGUUGGAGCAGAACGACUUCAAGUUCAAUCAGCGAAGGGUGGCCGAAGUUAAGUACCUCGGAGAGCUCUACAACUACAAGAUGAUCGACUCAGCGGUAGUGUUCGACACGUUGUAUCGGAUCGUGACGUUCGGUCAUGACGGCGGAACGCCCCAGCCCGGAGGCUUCACACUUUUUGAUCCCCCUGACGAAUUCUUCCGCAUCCGAUUGGUGUGCACUCUCCUCGACACCUGUGGAAUCUGUUUCGACAGAGGUAGUUCCCGCAAAAAGCUCGACUUCUUCCUGACCUUCUUCCAAUACUACAUGGCUACCAAGGAUCCACUGCCCAUGGAUAUUGAAUUUCUGGUGCAGGACACCUACUCUCUCGUCCGCCCCAACUGGAAGCUGGUUACCGAGCUUGAAGAGGCAGCCAAACUCUUUGGUGAAGCCAUAAACGCGAAUUACAGACAGCGGGAUAAAGGUGUGGAGCAGCUGGAAGACAUUGAAGACUCUGGCUCUGAGGAUGCACUCGGCGAAGCCGAUGGUGAGCUUGAAGCCGAGAUUGCGCGAUCGUCAGAUGAAGAAGGCGAGGCCGGUGCAGAAGAGGACACAGGCGAGGAGAAGGAGGACGUGGACUCCGACGAAGAAGAACAGAUUGUCGUCCUGCGUCAAGAGGAGCACCUGGAUCCGGAGGCUGAGGCCGAGUUUGACCGAGCGUUCGAAAAGAUGAUGGCUGAAAGCCUGGACUCCCGCAAAUUUGAGCGCAAGACGCACUUCGACACAAAGACAAUUGAGUUACCCUCGGACUCGAGCUUUGCCGUCUCGAUGAAGUCGCAGCAAGCCGCCGAAAGGGAGGAACAACAACGCAUCAAGAACCUGGUCCUGAAUUACGACCUGCGUGAAGACGACCAACACGACGGUAUUUCCAAUGGAUUUCCUUGUGGCCCUAUUGUACAACCUCCGCUGGAGAAGAACCCCAAUACUAAAGGACUCAACUUAGGACCCGAUCACUACAAUCCUUCCCUCAGUCGUGCUGAGAGGUCGGGACGCAACGCGCCCCGAGUUAGAAGACUCAAUCUGAGCGAUGUGGACUGGUACGGUUCCAAGAAAUCACGACCCCAAUCGGCAACGUGCGAGAAAGAGGCGACCAACGGCUCUCGUUCACCGCACAACCAUCCCUUCGUUACUUAA